AUUAUUCUACCAGAUAACACCUCAGGAACAUUUUUGUCGUUUAUUGGGCAUUUGGAUAAGCGAGUCAAGCUAGAUAGUAGAAUCAAACCUGCAGAUUGCAAAUACAAUGCAGCACUCAGUAUGAUGACCUCUAAAUUAUCUUACGAGAACCAUGCCUGCAUCAAAACGAUAGUCCAAGACGUCUGGCGUGCGGACGUCUGCAACGUAUAAUCUUCGUGUGUGUGUAUAUAUAUAUAUCGGGACAGAUCAAGUGCUGGCCAUGACACCAUUGUUGUUGCCUUUAGAGGAACCGAACCCUUUGAUGCAGAUGCGUGGUGCUCUGACUUCGAUAUUUCCUGGUACGAGCUUGAAGGUGUCGUUAAUGGAAAGAUCCAUGGUGGCUUCAUGAAUGCUCUAGAGUUACAGAAGAAUGUCGGUUGGCCAAAGAACAUAAAGCAAGAUGAUAAGCACCCCUUAGCUUACUAUGCUAUUAGGGACAUGCUGAAAAAGCUUCUAAGUGAAAAUGAUGAGGCGAAAUAUAUCUUAACGGGUCACAGUUUAGGUGGAGCGUUAGCGAUUCUUUUCCCAACAAUUUUGGCAUUGCACGAGGAAAACGAGUUGUUGGAGAAAUUGGAAGGAGUGUAUACAUUUGGGCAGCCUAGGGUUGGAGACGAUGAAUUUGGGCAAUACUUGAAAAAUGAAGUAUUGGAAAAGCACAAUGUUAGGUACUUUAGGUUUGUUUAUAGUUAUGAUAUGGUGCCUAGAUUACCAUUGGAUGACAAAGCCCUCAUGUUCAAGCACUUUGGGACCUGUUUCUACUAUAUCAGAAACUAUGAAGCACAGAUUCUCCCAGAAGAACCAAACAAGAACUACGUACUUCUCCCUGUGGAUGCAAAUACCUAUGAUGUGAAUGCGUUCUAUGAGCUAACAAGAAGCUUCACACUUCCAAAUAAGCAUGGACCUGACUACGUUGAAGGGUACUUCUUCAUAUUAUUUAGGUUAAGUGGUUUGCUAAUGCCUGGGGCAAUAGCGCAUUGUCCCCAAUACUAUGUCAACUUAACCAGAUUGGGACCCUCAGAGGAGUUCAACUCACCUAAUUCAGCCCAAGCAACUGUAAAACCAUGCAAAAGGAAAUCAUUUUUACCUACCAUUGUGAGCAGGAUUAGAUUGAUUAUUGUAAUUUGUAGCCUCUUUAUUAUCUGGGUAAUUAGUGUCCUCUUCAAGCUCUGA